AGUAGGCGGGAGACAGAGAAAGGGAGAGAAACACAUAGAGGAAAGAGGGAAAGAGAAGAAAGUGUCCAUUACACCGGGUGGAUUUUUCCAGAGCACUGAUGUUGGAACACUCUUCUGAGCUGGCCCUGGUGCAGAGUUUGUAUGCCAACAGCAUGCGCUGUCCCCCCUCUGCAGCCGGGAUCUCUGUCAGGAAUGAGGACCUGCCUAUGAGCAACGGCAACGGCAGCAAGAUGAACGGGUCGCUGGAGCAUUUGGACCAGCCAGACCCAGACUCCAUCAAGAUGUUUGUGGGACAGAUCCCGCGCUCCUGGUCAGAAACAGAACUAAAAGAGCUUUUUGAGCCAUUUGGAGCUGUGCACCAGAUCAACAUCCUCCGUGAUCGCACCCAGAAUCCCCCUCAAAGCAAAGGAUGCUGUUUUGUAACUUUUUAUACAAGAAAAGCUGCACUGGAGGCCCAGAAUGCACUGCACAACAUAAAGACCUUAAGUGGGAUGCAUCAUCCUAUCCAGAUGAAACCCGCUGACAGUGAGAAAACAAGUGCGGUAGAAGACAGAAAACUCUUCGUCGGAAUGGUUUCAAAGAAAUACGGCGAAAACGAGGUCAGAAUGAUGUUCUCGUCUUUCGGGCAGAUCGAAGAGUGCAGAAUUCUCCGGGGACCAGAUGGUCAGAGCAGAGGCUGUGCGUUUGUCACAUUUGCUACCAGGGCAAUGGCACAGAAUGCAAUCAAAACCAUGCAUCACUCUCAGACUAUGGAGGGCUGCUCCUCACCUUUGGUGGUGAAGUUUGCAGACACACAGAGAGAUAAGGAGCAGCGGCGCCUGCAGCAGCAGUUAGUACAGCAGAUUCAGCAGCUCAACAGCGCCUCCACCUGGGGAAACCUGGCUGGCCUGGGGACCCUUACACCGCAGUACCUGGCUUUGCUCCAGCAGGCCACAUCUACCAGUAACCAAGGCAGUUUCAAUGGUAUUCAGAGGCUAGGAGCAGGUGUGAAUCCCCUUCAGCUGCAGAACUUGGCCACGCUAGCUGCUGCUGCGGCUGCAGCUCAGAGCUCUGGCAGCCCGACUUCUACCAGCGCCCUGUCUACAAACAGCGGAGCCCUGGGAGCUCUGGCCAGUCCAGCUGGUUCAACAGCAGGGUCCAGUGCCGGUGCCGCCAUGAACACCUUGGCAUCUCUGGGCACCCUGCAGGGUCUCACUGGGACCUCUGUGGGCCUCAACAACCUCAACGCUCUCACCAGCAGCGUCAGUGGUAUGGGGGCCAUGAAUGGAGGCCUGGGAGCCUCCAUGGCCAAUGGGUCAGCAGCCAGCUCCAUGGAUGCUCUGACCCAGGCCUACUCAGGGAUGCAGCAGUACACAGCCUCCGCCCUGCCCUCCCUCUACGGCCAGUCUCUCCUGCAGCAGAGCGUUGCUGGCAGCCAGAAGGAAGUAGGGCCAGAGGGCGCCAACCUGUUCAUCUACCACCUGCCCCAGGAGUUUGGGGACCAGGAUCUUCUGCAGAUGUUCAUGCCUUUUGGAAAUGUGGUCUCUGCCAAAGUCUUCAUUGACAAACAGACCAAUCUGAGCAAGUGCUUUGGGUUCGUCAGCUAUGACAAUCCUGUGUCUGCGCAAGCUGCCAUCCAGGCCAUGAACGGUUUCCAGAUCGGAAUGAAGAGGCUGAAGGUUCAGCUGAAGCGCUCCAAGAACGACAGCAAACCCUACUGAUCCUAGCCCCGGGGCCUUCCCCCCUCCCCAGCUCUAAUGCUAGCACUGCUAGGGUAAGUUCACCCUCCAGCCAAGGUCACCACAGCAGAGACUCAGUGGGGCAGGGGGAAAGGAGCCCACCACAGGAGGGAGACUUACCCUAAUCCUAAAAAAAAAUGGUUGCAAUGAUCGUUCCACAUUCUACUGUAUUUCAUUCCUGAGGUUUUCUCAUGUAAUUUGAGUCGGAUUAAAUAUUUUAAUGUAUAUGAUUAUUUAUGACUAUCACUGGAGUCAGUGUUCGCUGGAGGUAUUUUGUGUCACUGUAUUUAGUGGAGAGCAUCAGGUGUGUUUCCAUGCCAUUUCAUUGCCUUCAGGUCAAGCUAGACAGGUUGACUAAGGAUCAGUUGUUGUGUUGAAGGGCUGAAGCCAGGCCACGUAGACACCACCCCCCACCCCCCACCCCCCGAGCCCAGAGCUUCAACCUGUGUUUGGCUUUUUCGUGUAGUUUGUCUCGUUUGUGUCAUUCUUAAUGUGAAGAUCUUUUGCACUCUAAAUUCUUCAAUCUUCGUCCCCCUUCCUCACCCUCUAUCUGUGUCUCGCUCUUUCUCUCCCCUCCCUGUCGUAUCGUUAUCUAAGCCAUGUUGAGCUAGGCUACCUCUCUCUUUCUCUGUUAACAACCUCUUCCAGUCAUUCCAUCCAUCCUCCAAGUCUCCCACAAGGGACUGGCUCUAGAUGGAUCUCUCUGGGUGCCAAGUAUACAGUUUGUGCAUGUCGGAGUCUCUGCCAUAUGUCCUGGUGGUUGUCACUUCCUUAAAUCUGUGUAUUGUUUUUGUGUGUCUAGAGAGAUUUGUUGGGGGGGGAUGUUUACCGCCCUGUCCUUACUGUAUGUGGUGAUUGGCGUUGUUUUUGUUGGUUUUUGUGCCUCAUGGCUAAACGAUUCUUGUGCUGUGCCCCUAACUUUCUCUUCUCUCCUCUUUGUCUUCUCUCUCUCUCUCUCUCUUUCUCUCCCUCUCUCCCUCUCUCUCUCUCUCUCUCUCUUCCUUUCGUGUUUUUGUUCCUUUUUUAGAACAAAUCUCCAUGCCUGUUUGCUCAUCAUUAGCCUAGCAUGUCUUCAUGAUGUUGAAAGCCAAGCCAAACUCCUGGCCUCAUCAUCCCACCAUUGUCUGUGAUGUCUCUCUAAGCUCGCCUGACCAAUACCUGGCCACCCACUGACCCUUGACCUUAGCUCAACCUGAUUUUUCUGCAUGUAUAUUAAUUUUUUGGUUUUGUUGUUUCUGUAUAGAAAUGUGACAGGUGGGAGAGAGGUCAAGCAAAUCAAUGUGAAAACUUACCUACGUUGAAUUCAUUUAAGAGACCUUUUUUGUUUUUGCGAAUGUUUUUUUAAAAAAAAACCUGUGGGAUUUCUUAUUUUUAAUUUAGCUUUUUUCCUUUUUUUGGGUUUUGUUUUUUUUUUUAUGUUGCUUUCUUUUUACCUCUCUCAGUAAAGUUCACUUGAAAGUUGAAUACAGGGAUUGGCACACAGCUGUGCUAUUUGGUGCCAUUAGCAAUAUGUUGGCUUCUUUUUAAAAAAAAAAAAAAACAUGCUUCAGACCACUUUCCAACACUUUUGAAAGUCUGACCAGUAAAACCCCUCUCAGUGCUCUGUAAUGAUCUCUACAUUUUGCGGGCAGUGUGAAGAUUUACACCAAGGCUAUUUAAAAAUAUAUUUUGUUUUUCAUUUACAAAAAUAUCCAGUGUAUUUACCUUUUUUUGAACUAUUGAUGGCACAAUAAAAGGUACAUUUGCUCUGUUUAGAGAAAUGACUACCUACAUGAGUCAACUUUUUUAGAACUGAUUCACAAAUAGACAAUCUGUGGUUUAAAUGCACACUUAGAUUACCUAUAUUUUAUACCAUUGAAUCUAUAGAAGUUUAACUAACAGAACCCAGGCAAAACGUUGGGUUUUUUGUAGAUUAUGUUGUAAUGUCAUCUGUGUCGGGGGGGUCUUCAGUGUAUUACAUUUUUAAAGAGGACUAAAAUCAGCGUUUGAUCAGCGUGACCAUUUGAGGGUCAUUUCUAGUAGAUUAAAAACACUUUAAUUCAAAAAUUCCUCUACAUUAAUUGUGAUUUCAACUUCUAGGGAAAAAAGUACUUUUUUUUAUGGUCACCUUUUGAGUAUGUAGGCUAAUCCUUUUUUUUUUUUUUUUCCUCCUGCGUUCAAGAAAAAUUUUGUGUUCAAUUUCCACGGUACGUCUUGUUGACUUUCUGUGAAUUUGUCAUUAAUAAUUUAAUUAAUGGAUGUUUCACUUUGGUUUAGUUUGGAUGCCUCAUGUUGAAAGAUGAUGAUUUACAAUGUCUGUUAAUCAUACAGAUGCCAGACAAUGUUUUUUUCUUGUUUUAUUUUGUUGUUAAAGUGCCCAUGUGUCAAACUCUGUUUUUGAUUUCACACAACAUUCUUUCCUGUAAUAUUAUGUAGUUUUCUUUACACGCACACGCACACACACUGCGACACACAACACACUUUCUGUGAUUGCAAAAGUGGGAGCCCCUGAAGAAGAGAUCACUCGGACGCGACACACGACCUGUGGGUCUCUGCACAUUUUAUAGACACACACAGACACACUUGCUUUUUUACUUUGUUUUUUUGCUGAUUGUUCUUUUUAAGUGACUUCCAGUAUCAUGUUUCAGUCAUACACGAUGCACAGCACAUUAAUACUACUAAACCCACCACAAUAGUGUUGGUUUACAAAUACAUUCCAUUUUUUCAGCACGAAGUUUACACUUAUUUUUUAUCGGGGUGGUAUUUUAUCUGUUGUAGUACAAGUUGUUGAUACAACCCUGGUAAAAUAACAGCCACUUCUCCCCCCUCCCACCCUCCUCCCCCCCAAAGAAGGGUUCUCUAAAACUGCGUACCUGAUGGCGCUAAAGAGUUGUCAACUCAGGGGUUUUUUGUGUGUGAAACUAGACACUCACACAGGAUUAUGACACAAAAUGCACAAUUGUCACCAUUUGACCUUUUUGGUUUGGAUUUUUUUUCCUUUUCUCAAAAUACAUAAAUAUUCCAAAAAAAAAAAAGUAAAAGAAAGGUACCAAAUUUGAAACCGUGCUGGAGGAAAGUGUAGUUUUGUAAGGAAAACGUUAAGCACAAUUGUGGGAGCUUAAUCACUUUUGCAGAAUGUUGUGUGUGAUUAUAAUCCCAACGUUUUCAAGGUACCACUGAUUUCACUUUUUAAUAUGGGCAUGUGCUUUUUACAGUGUGUUUUUUCUAUCCAAAUGCAAUACAAUAUUCAAAGUGCCAUAUAUACGUCUAGAAACUGCCUACACAUCCUUAUUAGGCCUUGGUUUAGAGAUUGCUGCAGUUCGCCUUUUUUUGUCUAUUUAUGCCAGUGUCAUGAAAGCUCUUGUCACCUGCUCAUGUGUCCCCCCCCUCCCCCUUUUUCUCCCCUUCCCCUCCCACUCUGUGUGUUGAGUUACUGGUAAAUGUGUAUUGUGAUGUACUCAAUUUGAACAGUUGGUCAAAAAAAAUUGUAGAUAAACAAUAAACUUCCCUAUACAUUUGAAGGUUAAACCUCUUUCUUAGUGAGUGUGAACACAUGUGUUGUAACACUUGCGAUACAAACAAAUUGGUGACCGGAUGUGUUAGGGGAAUUUGUUUUGAGUUUAAUAAAAGUCCAAAACAAGCAAGUUUAAAAAAAGGAAAAAGAAAAAAGAAAAAAAAAAGACGAUGACAACUUGGGAGCCAUGUUCUUUACAUGAUAAAAUCGUGUGUCAAACACUGAAAUGAUUGCAGGUCUGUGGCGAUAUGCAGUGUAUGUUGAAGUGUUACUGUGAAUGAAUAAAAUAAAAAAAUUUAAAAAUGAAAAAAGAAAAGCACAAUGUACAGUCCACAGCGGUCCCAACAAGAACUUGACUCACUUCAGGGGCUUCCAUCACAAAUCCCGUUCAAGCUCUAACAAUCACUUUCUUUCUUCUGUUGUUUUCAUAUUCUGAAGUGCUAUUUUUUGACAGUGUGGUAGCUUUGCAUCUCUAUAGAUAUUGUCCUGAUCCAAAAGAAAAGAGAGAAAAAAAAUCUUUUCCUGUGUUAAUUUUCUUGUCUGAUAAUCGGUAGGACUUUGUUCAUGUUCCACCAAUAAUUUAAUAGAUGUUUUGUCUUGUCUUGAUGAAAGCCAAAGUGGGUGCAUCUUGAUGUGAUCUGUAUUAUACAUACAGUAGUUUUCUCUUUUUUUUUCUCUUUCUGUUCAGUCAAUAUCAAUUUUUUGAAACUGGGUGGGAUUUGAAAAAGAAAAAAAAAAUGACAUACACAGGCUUUCCAAUUUCUACAACUGGUUGUUCAUAUGUAUUUUGUACCAGUGAAGCUUUUUAUAUUGGAAAUUAAAGAAAAAAAAAUCUAUAUUGGAAAAAAAAAUUGUCUGGCCUCUCAAUGUGGCCUCGCCUUGACCAGGUCUUGAGUUUGGCCUCUUGGUGGUGUCAAGCAAUUUUUUUUGUUUUUGUUUCUUUCUUUUUUUUGGUUUGUUUGUCUCUAAAAGAUGCCUGAUUUUGAUUUUACUUGGAUCUCUACAUGUUCCUCACUUCGUUGAUCAGUUUCAGUUUCGGGGGGGUUGGGAUCCUCUAAGUCGUGGUAAGUUUCAUGUUAGUAUUUGUGCUGUCCACAUAGUUUAAUGGUCAUCAGGAUUUCGACAAAUUGUGUGGAUAAUUGUCUUAGUUGAAGAGUUAACUAUCUGUUUAGUUUGAGCCUUGCUUUUUCCUGUGUAGAGUUUUCUGUUUUUUCCCAUAGCGGAGUGUGUAGCCGAAAGACUCUGUGUUCUUUUUUGGUCAAUGUUUGUUCAUGUGUGGUGUGUUUCUUUGCCUCUGUCUCCAAAUUAAACCAUUUCCCCUAAUAUGGA